AUGAGCGUCAGGAGCCUGCUGCUGUUGUGCUUCACUCUCGCCCUCACUGUCACCCAGGCCGUCUCCCCCGGGCGUCACCUGCAGUCCAAGGCCCUUCACCUGGACUGGCCUGAGGACUGUGGGCUCGCCCACUUUAAACCCAACACAGCAGAACGCAUCGUGUCUGGGAAUGAGGCACGGCCUCACUCCUGGCCAUGGCAGGUCUCUCUGCAGGUCCGUCCCAGAGGAAGUAAACACUACAUCCAUGUUUGUGGGGGAACCCUGAUCCACAAGAACUGGGUGCUCACUGCUGCACACUGCUUUCAGAAGGGGAAGGCGGAGGAUGCAGGGAGCUGGCGGAUCGUUCUGGGGAAGCACCAGCUGAGGCGCGCCGAGUCGGCCGAGCGCAUCUUCCCCGUCAAGAGGAUCUACCGGCACGAGAGGUUCCGCUACCCGGCUCACAGCGAGCUGGACUACGACAUUGCCCUGGUCAAGGCCGCCACCGACAUCCAGCCCAGCAACUUCAUCCGCUACGCCUGCAUGCCGCGCAGACAGACCGCACUGAAACCGGGACACUACUGCUGGGUCACGGGCUGGGGGGACACGCGCGGGGGGAAGGAGAACGUGUCUCUGGCUGAAGCACUCAACCAGGCCCGCCUGCCCAUCAUCGACUUCAAGACAUGCCGGCAGAAGAAGUUCUGGGGGGACCGAGUGCGAGACUCCAUGAUCUGCGCUGGGUUCCGUGACACGGAAGGCACACCGGCUGCUUGCCAGGGAGACUCUGGUGGGCCUCUCCUGUGCCAGCUGGGACGUGACCGCUGGGAAGUGCACGGCGUGGUCAGCUUUGGCCCCAUCGGUUGCACGGUGGAGAACAAGCCGAGCGUCUUCACGCGCACCUCCGCCUACAUACCCUGGAUCGAGGCCACCCGGAUCAGGGACUUCUUCCUGCACUGACACCACACCUCUGAGGCGGGGGCCACCGGCCUCCGUCCGUGCA